UGAAGCAUGAACACCAUCAUCCCGACUACGUUAACAAGAACAUCGAUGCGCAGUCUUUGCGUCCCAUGGCAGAGACUGGUAGCAAUGCCAGAACUUGGUUGUUGAGCUAUGAUCUGGUCGUCAUGUAGACAAUCUCCCGCAUCUCAUGCUAUGUGUCACGGCCAGAACGUGCACGCAGGGACAACUGAGCAAUCGCCACACCCAACCUGUCAUGCGGAGAGGCACACAAUUCCAAGAACAGUCAAGAAUUACUCCUGCGCAUAUCUCGGCCACUGUAUGGGUUGUCUUCUCGUCUGACGUUGUCCUGGAAGCGAGGAAUGUAGUCGAUAUCUCCAGCGAUGGACACUCUACUGCACCUUUGAAAACCACUCCCUCAGACACAAAUCAUGACUUCCCCUACCAAACCUCGUCUCAGCCUCGUCACAUCCAAUUUCAAUCGUGACUCAUUGACAAAUCGCAAUGUUUCCAGUCCUUUCAGCCUCGCCAUUCCUGGUCGCAACAGCAAGCGCUCUUCACGCCCAGUCUCGAUACCACUGAGCAUCAGACCAGCAAGCUCGGUCUACUCGCAAGAUCAAGAUGACCUCGAAGACAAAGACAAAAUCACGCCGCUCAAGCCAGCCGUAAUCGUUGCUGAGCGACCCACGCGCCCACAUCCGGAAAAUCGGCAGUCCAGGGCGCUCGCUGCGUACUACAGACAAUGCAGACUACAGUCGGUUGAGAAGAAGAGGAAUUUCUAUGUUAGUUGUUGGCGUAUCAAUGACCGUGUGUUAGCGCUUUCAGUUACAUUCACACUGGCGGUCUUGGUCAUGCUGGGAGUGCCACUUAUCGCCGUCAUAGCGCAGAAGUUUGUCGUGCAGUUGCCAGUAAAUGUGAUUGUCCCUUCGCACUCGUUCAGGGAAGCCGGAUCGUGGAAUCGAUUGUAUGAUGCCAUUAUACAACACCAAGAUGUAAAGUUUACGGUCAUCAUCAAUCCAGACGACGGACCAGGAAAUGGUACUCGGCCGAGCCCGGAAUUCGUUGGUGUACUCAAUACACUAGAAGUGUAUCCUCACGUGCAGACCCUGGGCUACAUCCACACUGACCGCGGGUCCCGCAGCAGUGCUACUGUUCGUGCGGAAAUUGCGAGGUACAGUGGGUGGUCUAAGUUCCAGGACUUGAGGCUUGAUGGCAUCUUCUUCGAUCAGACACCGUAUCGGGAUGGGGACAGUGCGCGAGAGUAUCUCAGGAAUAUCAGUGCAACGGUGCGGCAUUCCGAAGGAUUCUCGGAGCCGAAAUUGGUGGUGCAUAAUCCUGGCUGUAUUCCAGACGUUGGGUUGCUGCGAUACAGAACCGAUAUUGUCGUCAUGUUUGAAGGCACAUAUGCGGAUCUUCCAGGCCGCGAGCAGCUGAAGCACAGCGUGGCCAGGCUGGAACAGCACAAUCUACACAGACAAAACUUCGGGAUGAUGAUAAACUCAAUGCCCUCCAAGACCGGUGACAUACGUCUACGCAGGGUUGUUGACAAUGUGAGGCGAAGCAUUGAGUGGCUGUAUAUUACCGACUUGACGGACAACGUAUAUGCUGGCUAUGGUUCGCUACUGGAGCAAUGGCUAAACUUGAUCUGGUAGUGUAAUUCC